CACGAAGUGUUGGUUUGAGUGGACUCUGGAGGACUGCUGCUGUUCUUCACUCUUAACUUUGUACCGCAAUGAGUCGUCCGAGAUACAGCGUUCUCAACCUUUUUGAUCCGCUCAAUGCGACUCCGAGGAGCGAAGUCACAACGCCAGACUCGCUCUCUGGAUCUGACAAGGAAAACGCUGAGCCAAGCUAUGAAUCCUACUAUGAAUCCGACAGGCUCACGAUGACAGCAUUCUUCAACCGUACUUACAAGACGGAAAGCAAGCACUACUCCCCAGUAGUUCUCAGAACUCGUCUAGUUGAUGUCGGCGACAUGACUAUCAUGGAUGAAACCGCCGAUCUUCUUAAUGGGCUCACUAUCGAAGAAGAGCCUGAAGAUGACGUCGACAAUAUGUCACUUGUUCAUGAAAGUAUGGACAUAGAUGAACAAGACUCGCUGGCCACGCCGAUGAACAGUCCUCCGAGACAGACGCAUCAUCGCUACAAUUCCGCGCAAAUACCACUAUCAGAACAGACUCCCACUCCUCAUGUUCAGCGCACUCCUCUUGCCGAUAUCUCUAUGGAUGCCACACCCGUCCCGCGCAAAGUAGUAAAGCUCACUCUAGCUUCCUCCGAAGCUCCAAAUCCUGGCGUAGAACGUUACUCCACACCAGUGACAGCGAUCCGCGCGAGUCACGCUACCUUGGCACCGGCUAGCUCACCACUAGCUUCUGUAAUCAAUGCUAUCAACUUCACAGAUCAAAAUGUGUCAUCGGUAGGGCGCAUUCCUGAACAUGCCACUCCUACCAUCGUUGUGUCGAGAGAAGGAAACUUAGGUUCAUCUACAGCACAACUAUCACCGUCACCGUCGACUGCCCUCCUCACGCGUACACACCUCUCAGAAUCAACGCUAACUCCAUCCGAUGUCUCAUUGUCACCUCCUUCCAAAGAUCAGACCCAGUCAUCUCCUUCGCACGACACAUUAACUGUCCCAACCGCACGUCCUCGUUUACGUGCUCGAGCACACACAACAUCUUCGCCAUCAUUUAAUCCGCGCCGAAACUCCGUGGAUCUCCACUCUUCGUUCAACCUCCAACUAAAUUGUCCUGACACGUCUUUUGAUCUUUUAAAUGACAGGAUCUCGUUCUUUGGUGGUGAUGCUUUUGCGAUCGACGCCGAUGAUUUCGACAUGCAAGCCGAGGAAGAGAUGUUGGAGGCCCUUACCAAACGAAUCAAGGAGAAGAAUGCAGCGACUACACUUACAGACGUUGCUGGCUCUCCAGGUGAGUGUGUUCUAUUGUUAGAUGUAUUUGAUAUUCAAACAACGCUACUUGUAGCACCACAAUCUGGAUCUAGUCCGACGCCACAGCCGUCACCUCCUGCCGUUGCUGCGAAUGGUACGUUCGUAUCUUUGAAAUAUCUUCUCUCUUUUUCAUGCCAUUGUAUCAGCUUCCCCUGCAGCCGUAAGAUUGACGACAAGACGUAGCAGCUUGUCUCCCGGAAUGAAAUUGUCGUCGCC